CCGCCGGGCCUUCUCAUCUGUUCACUUGGUACUUGGUAGCUCUCCCAUUUGUAGUGGCAGCACUGGACUAGUCGUGUUCAAGCGCACCACAAAAGGAGAGCGAGCUCGAGAGUAACAAGGGCUUGCGUGUGCAUGGUUGAUAGGGGAAAUGGCUAAUGGCAGCAACUGGCUAGGCUUCUCCCUCUCCCCGCAUACGGCCAUGGAGGUGCCCUCCGUUUCUGAACCCGCUUCUACCCAUCACGCUCCACCUCCACCUUCUUCCAGUACCACGAUCUCCUCUUCCAGUACCAACAACACCAUCAGUUCCAACUUCCUCUUCUCACCGAUGGCCUCUCCCUAUCCUGGUUACUACUGUGUGGGCGGCGCGUAUGGCGAUGGCACCAGUGCUGCCGGCGUCUACUACUCCCACUUGCCUGCUAUGCCCAACAAGUCCGACGACGGCACCCUCUGCAACAUGGAAGGCAUGGUGCCGUCGUCCCCACCGAAGCUAGAGGACUUCUUGGGUGGUGGCAAUGGCGGUGGGCAAGAAACGGCCACCUACUACAGCCACCAGCAGCAGGGCCAGGAAGAGGGGGCAAGCAGGGAUUACCGCCAGUACCACUACCAACACCAGCAGCUCGUCCCCUACAACUUCCAGCCCCUGACGGAAGCAGAGAUGCUCCAAGAAGGCGCAGCGCCAAUGGAGGAGGCGAUGGCGGCGGCCAAGAACUUCCUCCUGGCGAGCUACGGCGCUUGCUACAGCAACGAGGAGACGCGCCCUCUGAGCCUGUCGAUGAUGAGCCCCGGGACUCAGCUGAGCAGCUGCGUGAGCGCGGCCCCGCAGCAGCAGCACCAGAUGGCCGCUACUGUAGCCACCGCUGCCACUGCGGCCGCAGCCCUGGGGCGCAGUAAUGGCGAUGGUGAGCAGUGCGUUGGGCGGAAGAGGAGCACCGGGAAGGGAGGCCACAAGCAGACCGUGCACCGCAAGUCCAUCGACACGUUUGGGCAGAGAACCUCCCGGUAUAGGGGCGUCACCAGGCACAGGUGGACUGGGAGAUACGAAGCCCACCUCUGGGACAACAGCUGCAGGAAGGAUGGGCAGACUAGAAAAGGCAGACAAGUAUAUCUAGGUGGUUACGACACCGAAGACAAGGCCGCGAGGGCUUAUGAUCUGGCUGCUCUGAAAUACUGGGGUCCAGCUACUCACGUCAAUUUCCCCGUAGAAAACUACCGAGAUGAGCUCGAGGAGAUGAAAGGCAUGACAAGGCAAGAAUUCGUUGCGCAUCUGAGAAGGAGAAGCAGCGGAUUUUCUCGAGGUGCUUCCAUCUACCGAGGGGUGACAAGGCACCACCAGCAAGGAAGAUGGCAGUCUCGGAUUGGAAGAGUCGCUGGAAACAAGGAUCUAUACCUCGGCACUUUCACAACUCAAGAAGAAGCAGCCGAGGCGUACGACAUAGCGGCCAUCAAGUUCCGCGGCCUGAACGCGGUGACGAACUUCGACAUAGCAAGAUACGACGUGGACAAGAUCAUGGAGAGCAGCACGCUGCUGGCCGUGGAGGAAGCGCGCAAGGUCAAGGCGGUCGAGGCAGCGAGCAGUGCUCCUAUGACGCACACGCACAGCGGUGGCAAGGAGCAGCUCAACGCUACCACCGCCGAGGAGACAAGCAGCGCGGGCUGGAGGAUGGUACUCCAUGGUUCUCCCCACCAGCUGGAAGCCGCGCGUUGCCCAGAAGCAGCUGAUCUCCAGAGCGCAAUCAUGAACAACGACUCUCAUCCUCGUCCAUCCCUGCAUGGCAUCGCUGGACUCGACAUCGAGUGCGCGGUGCAUGAUCACCACGACCACCUCGACGUUCCUGCUGGCAGCAGGACGACGGCUGCUGGGAGCAUCAACUUCUCGAACUCGUCCUCGCAGGUGACAAGCCUGGGAAACUCCAGGGAGGGGAGCCCCGAGAGGCUGGGCUUGGCCAUGAUGUACGGCAAGCAGCCGAGCAGCGCUGUAAGCCUGGCGGCCACCAUGAGCCCCUGGACGCCGGUGGCGGCGCAAACAGUGGCACACGUGCUGAAGCAGCAGCCGAACGUCGUCGUUUCUCAUCGACCUGUCUUUGCCGCCUGGGCGGAUGCCUAGCUACCCGAGGGAGUUGGAGCUUAGUAGCCGCUCGAUCGAUCUUGCUCGCCAUUGCUGGUUUUUUUUUUGGUAGACUGGAGCAAGAUUGGCAGCACCAGGUUAGGUCAACUAGCUGGAAUAGCAAGGCUCGUUAGUUAGCACGAUGGCUGGUGUAAUGCUAUGCAUGCACUGCAGUAGAAGAUAGGCCUUAAUCAGUCUACAGCUUAUGCACAAUCUCAGUAGUGCUGCUGCUAGCUGGUGGUAGCUAGCGUUGUUUUGAGCCCCUUUUGGGUGACAGAUUGGUUAGAAUGUAGCAUGGCUUCCUUUGAAGAACGUUGCAUGAAACAAGGCCGUUGCGAGAGAGAGAGAAGGAAAAGGUUCACGAAAUGAGAUGGCUCGUCUUUGUUUGUACGGGCCAUUCAGGUCUCGUCAGUGGGACCUGCCUUUGGCUAUGCGCACAGAUGAAGAUCUUUUGACC